AUGUAAGUAACAGACGUGCUUAGGUCUAGGAAGCAUAAUCAAAGCAGUUUAUAAAUUGCAGCUAAUUCAAUUCUUGAAAACAAUAAUAACAGACCCUCUAACGUUGGAGCGUCUGGCUAAGGUCUACCACCUAGGAUCUCAGAUAUAAACAAAAGAGCAUAAGACUAUAACGGAGUAAACAAUGGAGGAGGUGGACAUUAAUCUCAUCACUAGAAAUACCAGUAAUAGUAGCAAUAAUUUCAUACAGAGGGCGACAGUUUGUCUCAGAGUAUAGAAGACAGCGGCUAAAUAAAUGUCGAUAUGAUUGUGGAUAAGCCUACAGACGAUUACAUUGUCGAUUUGAAGAAAGGGAACGCUAAUAUACUGGUAGGUGUAAGAUGCAGACCCUUGAGUACGAAAGAAAAACAAAAGUAAAGUGUGAAAUCAGUGAAAAUUUUAGACGAAAAGAUAAUUAUUCUCCAGGACGUUUCAGCAGCAAAACCUGAAGAAGCAUUUAGAUUAGCAAGACCAAAGGAAAAAACCUACGCUUUUGACUAUGCAUUUGAUGAGGACUGUGAUCAAAAGUAUAUUUUUGAAAGAACUACUAAAUUUCUCAUUGAUGGUAUUAUGCAAGGUUAUAACGCAUCAGUAUUUGCAUAUGGUUCUACAGGAGCUGGAAAAACCUAUACUAUGUUAGGAACUGAAGAAAAUCCUGGUGUAAUGAUGAAUUCAAUUGAUGAACUUUUUGUAACAAUUGAGAAUUAUACAGCAGAGAGAGAUUAUAAAAUCAAGAUCUCUUACGUAGAGGUUUACAAUGAAAAUAUCAAAGAUUUACUUAAUGAUCGGAACGACUAUUUAGACUUAAGAGAAGAUAAUCUCAAGGGUAUUUGUGUUGCAGGUGUAACUGAAAUUAUGACUACUAAUGUAGAUGAAAUUAUGAGAUAUAUAAGACAAGGCAAUAGAUAAAGAACAAAGGAAAGGACUGAUGCUAACGAGGCUAGUUCAAGAUCGCAUGCAGUGCUUUAAAUAACAGUCGAACACAAGGAUAAGGCUCAUGGUAUAAAUGCUGAAAUAAAUAUAGCAAAACUCUCUUUAAUUGAUCUUGCUGGAUCAGAAAGAGCAGCAAAUACAAAUAACAGAGGUAUUAGGUUAGUUGAAGGAGCAAACAUCAAUAAGAGUUUAUUGGCGCUGGGAAAUUGUAUAAAUGCUUUGUGCGAAUAAACUAAAAUGGGUCCAAUUGCUGCAAAAAACUAGCAUAUUCCUUACAGAGAUUCAAAGCUAACCAGAUUACUUAAAGACUCAUUAGGCGGUAACUGUCGCACAGUAAUGAUUGCUAAUAUAAGCCCGGCUUUCUCAGCAUAUGAAGAUACCUUGAACACUCUUAAAUAUGCAGAUAGAGCUAAGUAAAUAAAAACAAUUGUAAAGAGAAAUGUAUUGAAUGUAGAAUUCCACAUCUCUAAUUACACCAAAAUCAUCAAUUAACUGAGAGAAGAAAUAGUAAAUCUAAGAGGAUAAUUAUCAGGAACCGGUGGUCAAACUUAAAAUAAGUUAAAGUCAAUGAAGAUUGAAAUGAACAUGCAAUUUGAAAAAGAGGUGAUUAUUAAGAAAGAGAUUUAUGAGCUUGACAUGAAAAAUGAGGAUUUAGCUUUUAAGCUGUUUAGUAAGCAAUUGAAUCUAACAAAAAAUAAAAACAAAGAUCCAUAAGCAAUUCAUUAAGUUGAAUAAGAGAUAAAACAACUAAAGGCCGAGAUUGAGGGUAAUCAUACUUAGAAAGCUAUCUUGAAUCAGAGACUCACAGAUUUAGAAGAUUUUAGAACGAAAAUGCUUGAGAGCUAUCAGCAGGAAAUGAUCUAAUACGAAAUAGAAGCAAUUGAUGUUUUGUAUAAUUAGCAUUUACUGAAUCUAAAGCAAAUUGACAUUAAGAGAAAAGAAAAUAGGGCUGAAUUUCACAUACGAUAAAGAGAUAACUAUAUUUAGCAUUUAAAGGAAUAGCUGAGUUUAAGAGAUAGAAUUAUUAAAGAUAAGUUAGGAUUAAGCUUGACAAAUUUCAUGCCAAAUCAAGGAACUUAAAAUAAUUAAGCUAAUAGUAGUUAUGCAGAUAUCGGAAUGGAAAUUUUGAGCAUUUCUCCUUUGGAAAAUCCUAUGGUGAAAAACAAAAUUGAUAUUUCUGACUCUCCAUACUCUCAAGGUUUUGCUGGCUAAAUAGGGGUAUCUCCUAAUUAAAGGGCAGUAUCUAACACAAUUAGUAUGACCAACAAGAGUAAGCUUAUCGGAGUGAGGAAUCACGGAGUGAGAGAUGACACAGGAGCUUAUUCGGGGUAUUCCAACUAAUUAAAAGUCAACAGUGCUAAUGCUACAAAUGCAUACUAUAGCAAUAAUGAUUCGAAGAUUAAGCCUCCAGGUAGCCUUCUGACAAAACCCCCAAAUUCUACAAAUAAUGUUGUUAGUGAAAAGAAAUAAAUCCUGAAGACCCUGAAUUCUCAAAAUAAUGAAGUUCACUACGACUCAGAUCAUGGCGGGAUUAAUGUUUCAUUUUAGUCGCAUAGAAACAAUUCUAAUUCAAGAAUAGGGAUGGGAGUAAAUGCUGCAUACAAUGGACUUUAAAAUCAGUUGCUUUAAUAAUAAAUGAAUUAAUAGAAUGCUUCAUUACCUCCACCAGGGACAGGUGGCAAUGAAUCAACUCAUUCGGGCUAAACAAAGAGUUUUGCAAGUGAAAUGAGUAAAAAUAAGUAGAAAUUCUUGAUGCUUUAAAAAUAAAAUCAAGCUAACAGUCAAAAUGAUGUUUUUGCCACAAGAGGAAACAGAGCUAUACCUAAGAAUCCCUUAAGCAUAAACAAGAAACUUAGCUUGCUAAAGAAAAAUGCAGGCUUAACUAACUCCAACAGUAAUGGAAUACCCUCUGGAUCGAUGUCAGUUUAGGAUGAAUCUCAAUCAACAACUCAUUAAACUAAUGUUAGUUCAAGUCAUGCAAACUACUAAUCGUCGAGAAAUUAAAAUCCUAGUUAAAAUCCAGUAACUAGAAUCGGUGGUGGAACCUCAAACUUGAUUUAAAACAGUGGCAGCUAGAUAGCAAAUUUCAAUAUCAAGAGACCAUCAGAUGCUGGGCAAAUAGUAAAUCUCAAUAAUUAGAAUAAUUAUCACUCUCAGUAAUAGUAAAAUAAUCACCAUACGGGAGGACAAGGUUCAAAUUCAGUCAAUAAUAGCGUUAUAAAUAUUGCUGAUAAUAUAUGA